UUAAAAUAAAAGUAUUUAUUUUACUUUAACUAAAAAUGUUAAAAUCAUUUCAAAAUAAAAUAACACAGUGCUUUUCUUAUUGGGGCCUUUGGGUUUAUCUUCUUAUUUACCCUAUUUCUGUGUGGUGGUAAUUAUUGGGGCAAAUUUCUGCAUUUUGCUUGGUUUUUCUUUUGGGGUGUCUGAGGAAAAAACAUCAUUUUUGUCUCUGUAAAAAAGGUGUUGCUUUGUGAAACUGUGGCACUGACUAGAACCUGGGCUUAACACCAAAAACCCUAAGGGAGGGGAAAAGGUUACUGUAGGCUGGAAAUUGUUGGUUGUUCCAUGCAGUAGUCAAAGACUCCCAAACCUGGAGGAAACAUAGGUCUAGAUGGUGUAAAAGGAUACAUCAGGAGUGGGAGGAUGGGCUUGCAGAUGAAAAAGUCAAAAUAAAAUAAAGUAACAAAAUAAAAUUCAUUAGCAGCAGGCAGCCAGAUAGAAAUCCAGAUUCUUACCUCAUCCUGGGCAGGAGCUGGGCAACCCUUGACCACAUUGGAUCUCUUUGCCCCAGGAUAAAACAGAGACCAAAUAUUAUGUCAAAACCAGCAGAAUAAGUCACAUGGAGCAAAAGGCAUUUCAAGUCACUCCCAGCCCAUAUUCUGGGGAAGAAACACCAAAUGUCACCUGUCUCUUCCCCACCUGCCUGUGGUCACACUGAUAUACCUCCUCACAGUGGAAAAACCUUAUUUAAAGGCUUUUUGAAAUUAUUAUUUAUUAAUUCUGCUUUCAUAAUGUUUAACACAACCACAAAACCAACAGAUGUUUCUACAGCUCCAGGUGUGCCGCCUCUUCCUGGCUGCAGGACACCCAUUCCCUCUUCACCAACUUCCAUUUACAAGGGAAGGGUGUAGAAUACACACACACACACACACACACACACACACAGAUAUAUAUAUGUACAUAUGUACAAACUGAAAAGCAGAUAAAAGCCCCAGCCAAUACCAUUUCCUGGAGCAGAUGCAGCUGUGAGUGCGUAGUUCACAAGGCAAGGGGUUGUCCAAGGACAGUGUCACUUCUGGGCUGCUUCUGGGACCUUCUGAGCAACCAUGGCUGGGGAAAUUGUUUAUGCUGAUUUAUGGCAUCCUGGGAACAGUUCUGCUGAGAAGCAUCAUGCACCUGCCUUCUGUCCAAGGUGGCACAGGCUCCUUCUCAUAGCCGGGGGGCUGGGGCAACUCAUCCUGCUGGUCCUGGUGGUGGUGCUGAGUGUGCGGGUUUUUCAGGGGUCCCCACAGCCAGUGGUGACAAGCGCUCCGCAGCCAGGCAGUGGGAUCCAGGGAAGGAACCAAGUGGAGCAGUGCAUGUUUUCAUCCCUGGUGCGGUAUUUCUGCAAGCCCCAAGGGGACAACCCCACAGCCUAUGCUGGCUGUAAGCUGUGUCCCCAGGACUGGCAGCUUCACAGGGAAAGAUGCUACUGGCUUUCUGAGGAACUGGGAAACUGGACUCAAGGCAUGAAAAACUGUGAGAACCAGGACUCCCAGUUGGUGGUGCUCCAGGACAAGAAAGAAAAGGAGUACAUCAAGACUGUUACAGGCAAGAGCCCACCACCAGUGUGGAUUGGAUUAAGGUCACAUCAGAAGGUGUGGAGAUGGGUAGACAACACACCUUUCAACCCCAAAAUGCUUGGCACCUCUAUGCUCGAGAUGGAUGAAGGGUGUGGGACACUGAGAGCCAAAGACUUUGAGGUUAAAAGAUGUGAUGCUGAACACAAGUGGGUUUGCAAAAAAAAGCCUUUCCUUCUCUGCUCUGUGACAGCAGAGAUGGAAAGAAAAGCGAUGCCUCCAUCUGACAAACACGCACCCCAAAAUGCCCACCCCACAAGACACUUGCUGCCAAUAUUUGGGGUGAAAUAGCCCCAUCCUCACAGUUACAGCUUUGCAGGGUUUGGAAAUCCUCUUACCAUGAGGAUCAUGACCAGUUUUGGGGAUGCAGAUGAACCCCUGAGCUGGAGGAUCAGAAAGGCCUGUGCCUCAGGCACAGUGCUGAUAAAGCUUUGGCAUCAAUAAAAGUUUAUCAAACUGGUUUGCUUCAAUUUAUUGAAAUAACACAGGCAAGAGCACGAGUGGCACAUCAUGUAAAGUUCAUAUAUAAACAUUGCAAAUUUCAACUCAAAAAAGCUUUUGUGAGUGACAGAUAUUACCUGUAUGCAUCUCUCCAUCAGUGUGCUGAGAGUGUCAGCACACUGAUGCAAGUAACUGGGUGAAUGCAGGCAGCUGGGUUUUGCUCAAGUUUUGAGGAUCUGGAGGGGUUUGUUUCUCUUCUGAGUUGUUUUGUUGUUUGUUUU